AUGUUAGUUCCGUAUGCGAAGUCGUGGUUAAGCUCUUAUAACUCUGUGGAUUCGGUAACAGAACUUCUUCAGUAUGUGCUAAUGCAACUCAAAGAUGAACUGGGUGAAGUGGUGGCCGAGUUGGAGGCCCUUGACGGGCAGGAGGAGUGCAAGCAGAACAGUAAAGCCAAACAGAUGAGCAUAGGCAGAAAGAAAUUUAAUAUGGAUCCAAAGAAAGGUAUAGAGUAUUUGUACGAGAACGGAUUACUACAAAGGACACCAGAGGACGUGGCACAAUUUCUACAUAAAGGCGAAGGCCUGAGUAAAACCGCAAUAGGCGAUUACCUAGGCGAGCGAUCCGACUUCAAUGAGGCAGUACUGAGAGCAUUCGUCGAGUUACACGACUUCACAGACUUGAUACUUGUUCAAGCGUUAAGGCAAUUCCUAUGGAGUUUUCGUCUUCCUGGCGAAGCGCAGAAGAUUGAUCGUAUGAUGGAGAGUUUUGCACAGCGGUAUUGUCAGCUCAACCCCGAUAUAUUCACGAACGCGGAUACAUGUUAUGUACUCAGCUUUGCGAUUAUUAUGUUGAAUACGUCCCUACAUAACCCGAGCGUGAAAGACAAGCCUUCGCCUGAACAAUUUGUUGCCAUGAAUCGAGGGAUCAAUAAUGGGGGUGAUUUACCUCAGGAGUUGCUCUUGUCCUUAUACGAGUCGAUAAAGACGGAGCCAUUCAAGAUUCCAGAGGACGACGGCAAUGAUCUUAUGCAUACCUUCUUCAAUCCGGACAAGGAGGGGUGGCUUUGGAAACAAGGUGGCAGGUAUAAAUCAUGGAAGAGACGAUGGUUCAUUCUGAACGACAACUGCUUAUAUUACUUCGAGUACACGACGGAUAAGGAGCCUAGAGGAAUCAUCCCAUUAGAAAAUAUAUCUGUCCGUCCAGCAAGUGAUCGUCAACGGCCGCAUUGUUUAGAAUUGUACGCGAGCGGCGGCGCGGACCUGAUUAAGGCGUGCAAGACUGAUUCUGAGGGAAAGGUCGUAGAAGGAAAACAUACAGUAUAUAGAAUGUCUGCCUCAACGGUGGAGGAAAGAGAUGAAUGGAUAGAAUGUUUACGUCGAUCAAUUAGCCACAACCCAUUCUACGAUAUGUUGGCGCAGAGGAAGAAGAAAGCGCAACACAGUGUGCACUCAGCACAUUAG